CCAGUAUAUGUCAUAUGAUCGUACAACAAGGAUUGAUCUGAAUAUCGGGGGAGUGUCUAGUAGUUCAUUUUAUUUUGUGAAUUAAAAAGUUAAAAGGAAAGAUGUUGAAUAUAUUUAUCUGUUUUUUAAUCUCUUUAACUGGGGUUUGGGCCCAUGGUGAAUUUGUUGUACUUCGUAGUCCUGAUAGUGUAUCUUUUUAUGGAAACGAAGAGAUUGAGCAAAGUUUACUGAAAGAAGUUUUUGCUGCUAGUUUGGGUUUCACCGCUAAACAAAGAGAAACUUGGGAAGGUAUUUCCAUCACAGAUCCAUUUUCAUUACCAGAAGCAGUCGUUAGUAUUGUGGUAGAAGGAGUUGAUACGUUAGAUAUACCAAAUGGAAUAAAGUUCAACUUAAAUGAUGAUGAAAUUGAAGAAACAACGUGGCAAGCAAUAAGCAGGCGACUUGCAGAAAGAGAUAAUGAUAACACAUUGGUCAGAAUUUAUUUAGGAGAUGGUCUUGAUGCUCUUGGACAAUCUGCACUUGGUGAGCUCAAACCAAUUCCGAUAGAUGAGUCAUCUUUUGUAGCGCUACGUUUAACAAAUGAAGAAGACCGAAAGUUUCUCGAAGAGAUACAAUUACUUCGUGCAAUUGCAAAGAAAGUACCUACAGCGAUUAAAGCAGAUGACAAAUCAGAUGUUUACUGGCUUGUAAUAUCAGGAUUACGUCCUGUAUUAGAUUUGCAUGGAAAAAACUCGACAGCUGCUAAAGAAGCUUUUCUUUUAUUGAAUGAUGCUUUAAAUGAUAUUAGUGAUGCAUUUAUGAAGGUUUAUGAUAACAAGGUUUUAAUCGCAGCGUUCACAAAUGAUCCUAGCCAAGUACGCCAUACUCGUUCAAUUUCUUCUAAUAAGCAACGCAGAGAAACUAAGGAUAAUAGGGAUAAAAACAUAGUAUCCAUGGUGGAAUCCAGUAAUACAGAGUUUAAUAGUAAUAACAUUAUUAAAAAGCAAGCUGACCAAGAAGAAGAAAACAGAAAUAUAAGUGAUGAAGAAAACAUAGACACUAAUAUUCAUAGUACUAGCGAAAUCAACACUGAUGUCAGCAGUACUACUGAAUAUAGCGACACCAAUGCUGAUAGUGGAAGUACUAAAAAGUCUGAACAAGACUUAGCUAAAAUGGAAAAUAAGAUAAAUACUAACACAAAAAGUGUAGGACAGCAAGCUGACCAAGAAGAAGAAAACAGAAAUAUAAGUGAUGAAGAAAACAUAGACACUAAUAUUCAUAGUGCUAGCAAAAUUAACACUAAAGUCAACAGCACCACUGAAUAUAGCGAUGUAAAUACUAAUAAUGGAAACACUGAAAAGUCCGGUCAAGAUUUAACUAAUAUGGAAAAUCAGAUAGAUAUUAACAAAAUCAAUGUAGGACAGGAUGAAUGGAAUCAUGCUAAAUAUUAUAGUAGCAAUUAUCCAGUUAUAUUUAAUAUCUUUUUAUGGUUUGGAGUGGUCUUUGUGUUCUCUCUUCUUGCUAUUUGCAUUGCAAUCGCAGAUAUGGACCCAGGUCGUGACUCUAUUAUAUAUAGAAUGACAUCUAAUCGUAUGAAAAAGGAUAAUUAAUCAUGAAUACGUAAACAAGUAGGUAUUUCAAAAUAAAAUACAUUUAAUGUUAUAAUAAAAGUUGUUUUUCUUAUAAAGAAAAUGUUUCAAUCGAAGUGCGAAAGGUAUAAAUAAUAAUAAUAGUAAUAUAUGUAUUUGUACAUUUUCCAAUCUAUGGGAUGGAACAUUAAAAGGGAAAUACACCUGAAUGUUUUAGAUUGUUGAUUAAUAAACGUGACUUUUAAAAAGGAACAAUUCAAAGGAAACAUUUUUUUUUUAAUUUCUAUAAUUAUUUUUUUGAACAAAAUUAUACAUCCGAUAAGUAUACCAUAUAUAAGCAACUAAACUACAUUCAGGUGAUCUCAUUUAAGCGCUUCAUCUUAUGUACAUAUGUUAAGUAUGAGUAAUUCCAAUAUUACCUAAAGAUAAUAGAUUACUUUAUGUAAUAGUAUUGUUUUUUAAGUUAACAUAAUUAUAGAAAUCGAUUAUAAACAA